UGAGACCCGAGUCCUCACCAACCAAGGCAGGCCAAGAUCCCGAAGGAGACACUUGCCCCCCAUCAGCUCCCAGAGCAGAGCAGAGGAGUGGAGGCACUCACGACUCACCCCACCAUACCAAAAGCUCCAGUCCCUGCCGCACCCCCUCAAAAAAAGAAGGGAAACACAACCUCAGAUUCGCAGCAGCGCAGCCUGCAAAUGCUCUCUUCCUUGUAGCUCACUCGCUCUCUCUCUCGCACCACCCAGGUCCAGGUGACCGUCAGUCUGAGCUAGAGUGCAGCACAAGGCAGUCUGAGCAACCAGGCGGAGCAGAGGAAGAGGGGGAAUUUGAGGGGGACAACACGCACGAACAGAGCAGGGCAGAUCAGAGCCCCCAAACGCAAGCAACCAGCGCAGUCGCAGAGCACAAAACACGACGCCAGAGCAUUGCAGAGCGUGGACGAACUACUAAUCUACAAGGAUGCAGCAACAGGGGGGAGGCGCGGCAGCUAGUACGAGAAGACGCCUCACGGUGCCGCGGAGGACUGCUGCGGCGGCGUCGGUGUGGGAGACGCGGAUGAAGAUGGACGAGGUGAAGGGUGGCGUCAAGGUCUUCAGCGAGGGCGGCGACGACGCCGAUGAGGAGGGCAUGCGGGUGUACAGCCGCCUGCGGCGGAAUCAGAGCGAUGGUGGUGGUGGCGGCAGCGGCGCGGGCGCGGGCGCGGGGACCGCCGCCGCGGCCAAGAAGAGGAGGAACUGGAAGGCGUCGGAGCCGGUCACGGCGAUCGGCGAGCUGCGCAAGUCACGCUCCGACGUGGCGGCGGCGACGGGAGUGGUGGCCAAGCGGGCGGUGGCCAGGGUCACCACGCCGGAGAAGAAGGUGGCCGAGGUGAAGGAGGUGCUAGUGGUGGAGGUGCCAUUGCAGCAACCCAAGAAUUUUGGGGAGGAGGCAGAGGAAGACGAGGAGGAAUGGGAAGAAGAGCUGGAAGCAGAGGAGGAGGAGAAGGAGGUUCUAGAUCAAGAUCACAUGGCCAUUGACGACCAAGAAACUGUACAGGCGACAUCUCUUCAUCAAGCGGAUGAAGAAGAUCUUGAGCCACCGACAAAAAAAGGUAAUAAUAAGCCGGUGGCAGCGCCGGACGAAGAUGAGAGAGCGGACAAUUCAGAGCCGGUGAAACUUGCUGCAGCGGUUGGUUCCCGGUCGAUGAUCCGAGAGCCCGUCACCCCUCCUCCAGUGGAUAAAAAACCGACUCCGGUGGUAAUUCAUCGCAAGGCGAAUGCAGAGCCGGCAAGAACUUCUCCUGGUAACUUUGAGAAGGAAGCAUCGCCAGUAAUUGGUCGCCGGAUCCCCAAGCAAGAGCCUGUCAAUACUCCUCCUGUGGAAGAGUAUGAGGAAAUUCAGGGAAGGCCAUCAGCACCUAGCAGAAGCAAUGGAAGAAUGCAGAACAUUGUGGAUUUAGUAAUGUGGAGAGAUGUGUCUAAGUCUGCAUUUGUAUUUGGAUUUGGGACUUUCUUGCUCAUAUCCUGUUCCUAUGCCAAAGACCUAAAUUUUAACACAAUAACAGCAGUUUCAUAUCUAGGCCUAGUCUACCUUGGGCUAAGAUUCCUUGCCAAGUCCAUACUUAACAGAGGUGAAAGUGUGGAGUGUGAUGAUGAGAGGACUGGUGGGAGGUACCACCACCUGGUAGGGGAGGAGGAUGCCAUCUGGCUGUUGAGGCUUGUGCUGCCCUACGUCAAUGAGGUGCUCCUGAAUCUCAGGUCUCUCUUCUCCGGUGAGCCAGCAACAACCAUGAAGCUGGCACUGCUGCUAUUUGCAAUGGCCCGGUGUGGCAACUUUGUCACCCUCUGGACCCUGGCCAAACUGGUGUUCUUUGGCAUCUUCAUCAUUCCAAAGGUGUGCUCUUCUUACUCCACGCAGCUCGCAAGAUAUGGCAAAUUUUGGCUGGAGAGGUUCAGGGAUGCAUGGGAGUCUUGCUCCCACAAGAAGGCGGUGGUGGCAGCCGUCUUCACCCUCGUCUGGAACGUCUCGUCCACAGUGGCUCGUGUCUGGGCUGUGUUCAUGCUGGUGGUGGCGAUGAAAUGCUACCAGCAGCGCAUGAUGGAAUUCGGCUGGAGCAGCUCGGUUGAGGAGGCUUCUGACGAAGCAGCCAACGAUGAUGGGUCGCAGCAGCAGCAGCAAGGCGCUGCCACCAAACCUGACCCGACAGCGAAGGCUCACGGUCACGAGUCACAGGGCUUUGUGGCGGCACGGAAUCGGCGAACACCUGUCUCCGGCGAUUUUGCCAGGGAGAGGCUGAGGGCGAGAGGCGGCAUCCAGCCUAGGUGAUAAUAAGUUGUCUACGCCGGACAUUACCGUCUGUGUUGUUGUAAUUUUGAAGUAUUUCGCAGUGGCAAAGCAAUAAUAGUGCCGAUCGACAAAUAGCGCACCCCCCUCAAAAAAAAAAAAAUCACACUACACAACCGUGUUAAAAUGAUGGUAUCUGUGUCAAAAUCUCUUAAAGUCAAUAGAGUUAAAUUACAUUUCA